UGCUGAGGGGGCGCCCGCGGGGCCCUGGGGAGGUGUCCCGCAGGCCGCGCCGUGCCUCCCGCCGGCGGUCAGCGUUCCUCCGGCCGGCGGUACCGGCGGUGAGCGUGCCUCCAGGCCGCGGGGAAGCUCCAUCCUGCUGCGGUUUCUGAGUGCAAAAUGAUCCCAGUCUUCCCCCACAGGCGCUGUUCUCAGUAUUCCCGGCGUCGUCGUCAGACUUUCUCCACUUGACUGUAGUGCUCUGAUUGAUUCUUUCUUGAGUUGGGAUGCUAAACCUUGUUGAUUUUUAAAUGUUCUAUCAUUUUUUUUUUUUUUCAAAUACGUCCUUUCUCUCCAGAUUCGGCAGUGACGGGCCAGCUCUCAUUGCUUCAGCUGUGGUCACCGGUAGAGAUCGUUUCCCCACGCGGUGGCUGCGCAGGCCUUUGCUCGGUUGCCUGUGACUUGCACGUGACAACCUGCAGGCUUGAGAGGUUACAAUAUAAUACCAUGUCAACAAACCUGGUGUAGAGGUGUGUGAUUUUAAGGCUCUUCCCCCAAACCCAGUUGGAUGGAGAAGUGGCCUUGUUCGUGCAUUGCCAUGGGCGACCACUGCUUUUGUGUAUUUUCUUAGCUGCUAAAGCCACCCGGAUUUGGUGAUGGAGGCUUUGCUGGAAGGAAUGCAAAGAAAUGGGCAGGGGAGCGGUGGGUUCCUGACUUCCUGUGAGGCUGAGCUGCAGGAGCUGAUGAAGCAGAUCGACAUUAUGGUGGCUCACAAGAAAUCUGAAUGGGAAGGGCAGACACAGGCUUUGGAAGCUUGCCUGAGUGUUCGAGAGCAGGAACUUUCCUCUGCCAGGGCAGCUCUGCAGGAGAAAUACAAGGAGAUUGGCUUGUUGCGUCACCAGGUGGAAGACAUGGAAAAAGCCAAACAGGACAUGGUCAGAGAAUAUGAACAACAGCUGAAGAAAUUUCAAGAGGAGUUGUCCAGGCUGAGGAGGAGCUAUGAGAAGCUGCAGAAGAAACAACUAAGAGAUGCUAGAGGAGAAGCUAACAAGGGACAAGGGGAGGACCAGAUUGAAAUGAGCCAACUGACCAGGAAGGUGGAGGAGUUUCGUCAAAAAUCACUUGACUGGGAGAAGCAGUGCCUGCUUUACCAGCAGCAGGUGGCAUCGCUGGAGGCACAGAGGAAGGCUUUGGCUGAGCAGUCUGAACUCGUUCAGACUCAGCUCGCCAAUCGGAAGCGGAUUCUGGAGUCGGUGGAGUUGGCCAGCCAGUCGGAAAUCCAGCAUUUAACCAGCAAGCUGGAGAGGGCCAAUGAUGCUAUCUGUGCCAAUGAGCUGGAGGUGGAGAGGCUUAACGUGAGAGUGGAUGACCUGACUGAAAACAAUCGGACGAUUCUGGAAGAUCAGCGAAGAGUUCAGGAAGAACUAAGGCAGUCCAAGAAAAUGUUAGAGGUGCUACAAGAUGAGAAGAUGGAACUUCGAGCCACCCUGCAGUCUCAAGAAGAUUUCAUUGAGAGCUCCAGGCUGCAGCAGGAACAGUUGCAGGAAGAGCUGGCUAGGCUGACUGAAGCUCUUCACACAAAAGAACUCCUCAUCAGGGCCUUGGAGGAACGCUUGCAAGAGAAACAGUUGUCUUCUCCGGGGCUGGAGCUGGAGCGUAUACUACUGCAGCUGGAUGUUGCCCAGAAGAAGGAACAGCACUUACAGUCAGAGAUGACUCAUCUUGAGAACAGCCUGGUGUCUUCAAAUGCAAGGUGUGUACAGCUGAGCAAAGAGCUGGAUGAGACUAUCAAAGAGCUGCAGUCAAUGGAAGAACACUGUACUGAGUCAAAGGCAGAGAUUAAAAAGCUGAAAGAGCAGCUCUCUCAAGCUGAACAAACUCACAGCAGUGAGCUAGAAGGGAUGAAAAGGGAAGUCUCCAGGUUGACACAGGAGCUGCACCAGCGGGACAUCACAAUUGCAUCUGCAAGUGGCUCCACAUCAGACCUAGAACAACGGCUGAGAACAGAGAUUGAAAGAGCAGAGAGGAAAGCAGUGGAGCACAGGGUACUUCUGGGCCAGCUGGAAGCCUUGAGGCUGGAAAACCGUCAUCUCUCAGAGGUGCUGGAAAAAACUGAGCGUGGUGUGCUAGAGGGAAAAGAUGUCACCCUAAGAGCAUUCAGUGAAGACUAUGCUGUUGAACUAAAUAAAUUAAAGUCUGAGAACCAGCAAUUGCGGAAGGAUCUAGCAGAGGCCAAAGCAAAAGUGGAGCUCGCUCAGCAGGUCUGCCAGGAUGAACCUGGGGGCACUGGUCAGCAGAUGCAAAGCGAAGAGCCUGAGGCUGGGGAUGUGCAGUGCAGGACAACUUCGGAAGCACAGCAAAAACAUGAUGAACAAACAGAGAGACUACAUCACAAGCCUGAUGGGACUGUUCAGCAUCAUCAAGGGGAGCCCCAGCGAUGGGGAGCUACUGAAAUAGGAACUGUGACCCCCAAGACUGGUGAGCUACACACCCAGACCAGCAGGAAGAACUGCAUGGAGUCACUUGCUUUGGGUGCCUUGCUGGGAACGGAUUCUUCGCUUCAUGUGCUGGAUGGAAACGAAGAUUUUGCGGAUGAAGCGUCUGAGCGGUCCGUCUCAAGUCGUCAGAGAGGAUCUGUGCCUUUGUGCCCCCUGCCCACAGCUUCAGUUGGAUCGAUAGCUGCAAGAUACCUGGAAGAGGAAGAACUGAGAUCCCAGCACAUCCUGGAGUGCCUAAAUGCUCACAUUGAGGAGCUGAAAAAAGAGAGUGAAAAGAUUGUGAGACAAUUCGGACACCAGGAGUAAUGUUUCUUGCUGAAUUUGAAUGCUGGUUUACUUACGUGGUUCCAAACUGUGGCUGGGGAGGAAUCUUUAAAGAAAUUGCCAUGGGAGCGUGAGUGAGAGGCUGUAUCUUCCACUUUGAGCUGAAUCAGCAGGAUGGGUAUUGAGGAAAGGAAGCUCCUCCCAAGUUUGAUCUGAUGGAAGGUGUUACACCACAAACACUUCAGUCAGCUUGCUGUAGGUCAGAAAGCUGUAUCAGAGCUGUGUGUGUGUGCACUUACAAAGGGAUCAUAGUGUUCGUUAGAAGCAAACCAUUUUCUAAUUUUAAUGUAAAGUAUUUUAAGUAUAUUUUAUACAUGUAAGAGCACUGAAAUAAAACGGAAUGGAAAACCA